AUGGCUCGCGCCUUUGCUCAACGGAUGACGGCGGCCGCGGCGUCCAACCCGAGAUUCUCGCUGAGCGAAACCCAGGAGGCCGUCGCCAUCAACGCACUCAGCAACGUGAUGCUCAUGUUUGGCGACGGUACCGUCAACACCACGGCCAACAAGCUGUGGGUGAGGGUGCUAUUUGAGCAAGAACGUCUCCCGUUUGCUGAGGGAUGGCGCCAGCCGGAGCAGCCACUCCAGCCUGCAGUAACAGCCGAGCUCAACAAAAGUUUCAAGGCGGCAAUGCCCGAGCAGCGCCUGGGGUGUCCCGCUACUCCACCAAGCAUGCCAGUGUCAGCUCCCCCGUAG